AUGACAUACGGCCUCGGUGACGACUCCACGUUCGCGCAGGCUGCCGUGUCUAAACAAGAGGCUCAGGUUUAUCCUCUUACUCGACUCAAAGGCCGACAGGAGCUUCACAUCGAGAUCGAGAUACAAACCACGUUCGCCAAGGAUGGCGCUGAUGUUCAACAAUCCGAGCGUCACUUCGUUAACAUCAUGGAGAGCAUUCGGCAAACUGUGUGCGAUCUGAUAGACUCCGGCGUCCGUGUCACGGUCAUAUCGAGCAACCUCGACUAUAACGAAGUGCCUAGGGGGCCUGAAAGGUGGGACAUUACAUCUCGCUUUGUCCUAGACGCAGAAGAGUGGCGCAGUGUACGUACAUCCUCAACAGUAAUAACAAUCAAGGCUGACUUGUAG